AUGCUGUCGUUCUCACUCCUCAAGGCGACCGUCUGUCUCAUUUGGCAGUCCUCGGGAUGGACAACAUGUGGACAGAAACCAGCCAGCGCGUUUCCGUCGCUCCUCGAUGCUACACUCGACGACCUCAAUCGCGGUCUGAGCAGUGGAAUUUUCACCAGCGUCGACCUCGUUAAUGCUUACAUCGAGCGCAUUAAAGAGACCACGCCAACCCUCAACGCCGUCACCGAGAUCAAUCCGGAUGCCGUCUCCAUCGCCGAAACUCUGGACCUCGUCCGCCGACAGGGCGGACCGCUUCUCGGCCCCUUACACGGCGUCCCCGUCCUGAUCAAAGACAAUAUUGCCACGGCAGACAAGAUGAACAACACGGCCGGCUCUUAUGCCCUCCUCGGCGCUAAAGUCUCCGAAGAUAGCACCGUCGCCGCCAAGCUCCGGAAAGCGGGGGCGAUAUUGCUCGGCAAAGCACACCUGUCGCAGUGGGCCGAAUGCCGGAGCUCCAAUUCGAGCAAUGGGUGGUCAACGUAUGGCGGUCAGACCCUGGGCGCAUAUUACCCCUUUCAAGACCCAUCGGGUUCGUCGGGGGGCAGCGGCGUCGCGUCUUCGGUCGGUCUCGCGUGGGCGUCCCUGGGGACUGAGACAGCCGGCUCGAUUUUGUUGCCCAGUGACGUCAACAACGUUGUGGGCAUCAAGCCCACUCUUGGCCUCACCUCACGGUACCUCGUUGUGCCCAUCUCGGAGCACCAAGAUGUUGUUGGACCUAUCGCUCGGACCGUGAAAGAUGCUGCUCAUCUCCUGGGAGCUAUCGUCGGGGUGGAUCCCAGCGAUAACUACACGUCUACAUUUCCUUUCCCGAAGACACCAGACUACGCCGCGGCAUGCGUUAAGGGGGGGCUGCUGGGCAAGAGAUUGGGAAUUCCACGACAUGUGCUACACGACCCUCAAGAAGCCCCUCUCUCCAACUACUCGGUGACGGUAUUCGACUCGGCCGUCGACAUUCUCCGGUCUUCAGGUGCGGAAAUCAUAGACGACAUUGUUUUGCCAGGAUACAACAUGACCGAAAUCUCCGCGCUCCUCACCAAGAGCCUUCACGCAGAUUUCGCCGUUGCCAUAGAAAAGUACUUUGGGCAAUUGGCGACCAACCCGUACAACAUCACCACGCUUCGUGAGCUCCGGGACUGGACCCAGCAUGGCUCUCGCGAGCAAUGGCCUGAGAAGAACACACUCUCAUGGGACAACAACCUAGCAGAAGGUCUGCGUAACACAGAUCCGGAAUUUUGGGAUGUGCACCUCCGGCUUCUGUACCUGACUGGUCCUCAAGGAUACACAGGAGCUCUCAAGAACCAUUCUCUGGACGCGAUAGUACUGCCGACGGCGUUUGCUGUGAUGAAUGCUGCCAUAUCCGGUACACCGGUGAUAUCGGUACCGUUUGGAAGACAUCCGGGCGAUACUGAAAUUAUCAAAGAUAAGACUGGAACGCUCAAUGCCGUGGCACCGAACUUACCCUUUGGCAUUGGUUUUGCGGGGGCUCCGUUCAGUGAGGAAACACUGAUUAGCAUCGCGUACGACUUUGAGCAGAAGGUCCAGGCCCGGGAGGUCAUCAAGCCCUAUAUAAAACCCAAGAGCGACCUAGAAGACAUAGUUAGACGCAGAGCCGAGGUGGAAAGCAGACAAGAAUUUGUCUUAUCAGUGUCUGGAAACCUAGUCCCCCUCACUGUUAUCAAGGGCGCCGGCCACGAGUAUAUCCCCCUCCCGGAGGGCGAGAACGCGACUGUUGCCGAUUUCCACUCAAUCCGAACAAACACAAAGGACUCACCUGCUCACUUCACCUCGGGUUUCUACAAGAUUGUCGCAGGACCCGCUCGUCCCGCGCACUACAACUUUGAGGAGACUAAGUACGUCCUCAACGGUCAAAUUGACAUUUUGGAUGAGGCUACUGGGAUCACCCACCAUCUAGUACCUGGAGAUUUUGCUUUCUUCCACGUCGGAUCCAAGGUCAAGUUCUCUACCAAGUCAGAAGGCCUUGCUUUCUACGCCGUUACCCGGCCCGUCAGAGUUCCCCACCCGAACCUGAAGGGCCGUGAGGAGGACACAAAGUCCAAGUUGUAA